AUGUCGAGCUUCUUCACCAAGCCCGCCUCUCUGAAGAGAAAGAGACCCGAAGGUGGUGCCCCACGCCCUCAACGCACAAACGAUCGCUCAAAUGCUCGCCCGACCAAGCGAAGAGAAACUCGCGACGACUCGGUGUCUGGCAGCGACUUCGACGACGACGACGAUGUAGGCCCGCGCCCACCUGCAGACUCUGACGACGAGUCUGAGGAGUCAGAGUUUGAAGGCGAAGAUGCGGCAGGAAGAAGGACACGGCUGGCAGAACGGUACCUCGAAAACACGCGACUACAGAUCAUCUCCGAAGGCUUUGAUGCAAAGGACAUUGAUGCAGAGCUGCUGGCUGAGCGCAUGGGCGAGCGUCUGAAGGAAGAUUCUGCAGAGAGCAAGGGCAAAAUUUACCGCUGGAUUGCAGACGACUACGACUACCAGAAUGCCAUGCACUCGCAGUUCCGCGCAGACUCGCAGACCUUGACCGGCGUGGCCACUUGCGCUCCCUACAUCUACACCGUCUCCAAGGACAUGACCCUGAUCAAGUGGGAGAUGCCCCAGCAAAUCGACGCCUCGUCCAAACAGACGCAACCCACAAAACCCAAGAAGCUCAUCUACACACGUGGCAACGGAAAGAGAGAGGACGAUUUCGACUUCAAGCACCACACCGACGCCAUUCUCUGUGUGGCCGCCUCGACAGACGGCAAGUUCGUAGCCACUGGUGGUAGAGACAGGAAGCUCAUUGUCUGGGAUGCUGCAACGCUGAAACCCCUGAAGUUUUUCCAUCAUCACAGAGAUGCCGUCACCUCGCUCUGCUUCCGCCGCACAACAAACCAACUCUACUCAGCCAGCAAGGACAGAACAAUCAAACUAUGGAGUCUGGACGAAUUGGCCUACGUCGAAACACUCUUUGGUCACCAAGACGAGGUUACCGACGUCGCCGCUCUCAACCAAGAAUUGUGCGUAACUGUUGGCGCCAGAGACAGGACAGCAAGAUACUGGCGCGUGGUCGAGGAGAGCCAACUUGUCUUCCGUGGUGGCGGUAGCGGCGCCUCAUCCAAGCAGAGAAAGGAAAACGCAGCCGCCGGCAUUCCCCAACCGCGCGAGUUCAACGAAGGCUCGAUCGACCGAGUCACCAUGGUCGACGACGAAACCUUCGUCACCGGUUCCGACAACGGCACCCUCUCCCUCUGGAACAUCCAAAAGAAAAAGUCCGUCUUCACCCUACCCCUCGCACACGGCCUCGACCCGCCGCCAAACCCCGAGGACGUCAGUGCCGAAGCCGACCCUGCGGCAGAUGCAAGCGUAUACACAGAACCCCAACCCCGCUGGAUCACCGCGCUGUCUUGCGUACCCUUCAGCAACAUCAUUAUCAGCGGCAGUUGGGACGGUCAACUGCGCGCCUGGAAGAUCAGCGAAGACAAGAGGAGAUUAGAAGCCUUGGGCCCCAUCGGCUGUGUCGACGACAACCAACUCAUCGACGGAGAAGCAAUGUACAUGGACGACUCAAUACACGUCGUGCCAGAGUCCAACAAGACAGUCAAGGGCGUCAUUAACGACCUUGCCGUGUUCGAGCGCGGCGACAGAGGUAGAGAUGGUCUGGCAAUCAUUGCAGCCGUGGGCAAAGAGCACAAACUCGGACGAUGGAUGACCAAUGCUGGAAAGAACCAUGCCAUGCUGUUCCGCGUGUCAAAGAAGGUGGCAGACCAUGAGACAAUAGAGGCUGCCGAAGCAUCAGAAGCAUGA